GUUCGUUCUCUUCUCCUUUUAACCCCCCUCGGUCCCUUUUAACCUCUUUCGCUUUAUAAUCGCGCUCUGGUGCUUCGGCGGCCCUCGAAACCCUAGCCACCGACCUCGCCGCUCGCGAUCUCGAAUCGCCCCUCGUUCAAUUUCGAUUCCGAAGCGCUCCGGGAACGGCGUUGCGGAGUUGCGUAUGUGAGUUCCUCUGCUCCGAGAGGAACUGUUAGCUGCUCUGCUCUGGGUUAUGCCACUGAUCGGCUAAUUACUCGAAGUUGGAUCUUGGCUUAAACUCCCAUCUCUCCGUUCUUUUUAUAUCAAGACUAUUGAAAUGGAUCGCUGCGAUACAUCGGGUUUUGUUAGCGGAGGUUGCAACAACAUCUCCCACCGAUGCUUCUAACCUAGUUCGGUAGCAUUAACCUUUUCUAAGUCCCGGAAGUCAGGCAAAGUGGUCUUUUUCAAUUAAGGUUCAGUUGAUACUAAAGAGGUUUCUUACUUUUAAUGGGUACUGCUAGUCGAAACCUGGGCUUUACUUUCAAUAACACAUCUUUCAAUCCCUUUAGUUGUUGGGGUAAACUUCAUCCAGGAGUUGAACACGAGGCGGACCUUGCACUGCGACUCAACUCGCCCGAUCUCUAUGGGUCCAUCAUGGAAGGGACAAAAAGGACUGGUGCUAGGAAUGAAAGUGAGGAUCCGGAAUGCUCACUAAUGGCCCUCGAUUUAGGGUUUUCACCCGGGUCCUCUGAAAAUAAUAGCAAGGUGAGCUCGACCAUCUCUUUGGCAAAAGAAACUGACGAGGAGUCAUCUUUGAAUCUUGGCUUGAAUUUUCAACCUGAUCUUGCUAUUGAGAAUUCGUCCAUUGAGAGGAACUCCGCUUUUGCUACUCACAAUCCAUUAGAAACCGUUCCCAAGAUCGAUCUUAAUCUGAGUCUCGCAACCAGGCUAUCUGAAUCAGUUGUCACUAAUAUUACUCCUGUCGCAAGAACCGAUUCAGUACGAGGAUCAGAAUCAUCCGGUUGGGUAUUUGGUAGUUAUUUGGGACCCUCUCUUUCUACAUCAAAAAUGGCUAGUAGCUUUCUUUCUCACAAGAUUACUGCCGAAACAGAUCCUACUACUAUCUGGCAAGACCUCUCAUCAACCAUGAUAAAAAGCAUGAAAGACCAAGUUGCCUGUACUUCCGGGGCUACUAAUUGUCAGCAACGCAAUCCUAACACUAAGAACUGCAAGUUCCCCGGAUGUGGGAAAGGGGCGAGGGGAGCUUCCGGGUUCUGCAUUGCCCAUGGUGGGGGUAGGAGGUGCCAAAAGCUUGGCUGUCAAAAGGGGGCCGAGGGGAGGACAAUCUAUUGUAAGGCCCACGGCGGUGGGCGGAGGUGCCAAUUCCUAGGUUGUACUAAGAGUGCUGAGGGCCACACGGAACACUGCAUAGCUCAUGGUGGGGGCCGCCGCUGUACCAACGAAGGGUGCACUCGAGCCGCCCGUGGCAAGUCUGGUCUGUGCAUCAGACACGGGGGCGGCAAGAGGUGCAAGAUAGAAAACUGUACGAAGAGCGCCGAGGGCUAUUCUGGCCUCUGUAUUUCUCAUGGUGGGGGGAAGCGGUGCCACUUCCCAGAAUGCACCAAGGGGGCGCAGGGAAGCACAAAGUUCUGCAAGGCACACGGCGGCGGGAAGCGGUGCACAUUCUUGGGCUGUACCAAGGGGGCCGAGGGGAGCACGGCUUACUGCAAAGGGCACGGUGGGGGGAAGCGCUGCUCGUUCGAGGGCGGUGUCUGCCCUAAGAGCGUGCAUGGCGGGACUCAGUACUGCGUCGCCCAUGGCGGGGGGAAGAGGUGCGCGAUCGCUGGCUGCACAAAGAGUGCCAGAGGGCGUACCGACUACUGCGUCCGUCAUGGUGGGGGUAAGCGGUGCAAGUCAGAAGGUUGCGGGAAGAGCGCGCAGGGGAGCACCGAUUUCUGCAAGGCGCACGGAGGAGGCAAGCGGUGCUCGUGGGGCCAAGCGGGGUCAGACUUCAGUGGUGGCGGCCCGGCCUGCGAUAGGUUUGCACGGGGCAAAACCGGUCUCUGUGCUGCCCACAGUGCGUUAGUGCAGGAUCGCUGCGUGCACGGUGGGGGCACACUUGGUACUUUGUCUGCGCUGUGUCAGACUCCGGAUCCUAAAAAGAUCAAACUUGGAUUGGACGGGGAAGAUACCGGUGUCGAGACGAGAAAUGACAUGAAGGAUUUUCUGGGCAGGAGUGCUCUCGAGUCCAAAAGUUUUGUGCUUCCUCCUAAUACGGUGAAGCCGAGCCUGGUUUCACUUCCAGAAGGUAGAGUCCAUGGGGGAAUUCUGAUGGCUUUGCUCUCGGCGAAUUCAAGCCUCGGAAACAGCUCCACCGCCGAGACAACUAUGCAUAGCUGGAUGUGAAGAGUCAUGCUCUGGGUAUACUUGCGAAUCUUUCUGGUGUUUUGUUCUCUUCUCAUUCAUUAGAAAUAGUUUUCGGAGCCUUAAAUUUGGUGUGAAAUCUCCCUGGCGAAGAAUAAGGGUGAAAGGCUAAUAAAAACUUUCUACAGUUAUAGGUUUGCUUGUUUUUUUGCCUCGAGUCACUGUAAACAUGUUUUUUGUGCAUACCUAUUUUCGUGUUUGACUUGUGAGAAACAUUUAUAUUAGCGUAUUAAAUAAGAUAUAUGUGAUUUGUGUGAUUUGCUGUAGGAAA